AGCGGGAUCCUCCCUGGAGCUGGGCCGCCCUGCGCCUCGUUCCUUCGCCGCUCCCCGCCCUCCCCGGCGGCCGCCAGCGCAGACCCACCCUCCGGCAGGACCUGCGACGCCCCGCGCCUCGCCGCCGACUCGGCGGCUCCCUCGGUGGCUCGGGACUUGCCCUUGUGGCCGCUGGCCGCCGGAGCUUCGCAGCUUCUUUUCUCCUCCCCGCUUCUCCGGCGCCGGGAGCAGCGACCCGCCCUCUCCGGGGACAGGAUCGCGCCGGGCGCACCGAAACCGAGAGCAGGCGAACCGGAGAGGGCACCGCGCGGGGGCAUUGUGUGUGCGUGUUUGUGUGUGUGUGGCAGCGUUGUGUCGCCUUCGGAAAGCGCUCUGGGGAGGUCCUGUCCCUAGGAGGCGGAGCGCACGGGACCAAGCUCCGGCUCCGUGUCGGGGCAGAGUCCGCGGAGCCCGGACGCUGCCGAGGCGGGCGCACUGCACGGAGGCCGGCGAGUUCUCGGCCCCCGCGGGCUGCGCUUCGGCUCUGGUCGGCGGACCGGCGUUGGAGAGGCUCGAUCGCGCGCGGCCCGGCCGCCCCGUCCAGGAGACAGCGGGGUCCCGUCCACGGCGCGCCCCGCAGGCGCCGUCUGUGUCUGUGUCUGUCCCGCGCCCAUCGUCCCUCGGUCGCCCGACCCCGAGCCCGACAGGCGCGCGCCAUGAGCGGCGGCGAAGUGGUCUGCUCGGGAUGGCUCCGCAAGUCCCCGCCGGAGAAGAAGUUGAAGCGUUAUGCGUGGAAGAGGAGAUGGUUUGUGCUGCGCAGUGGCCGUUUGACUGGUGACCCGGAUGUCUUGGAAUACUACAAAAAUGAUCAUGCCAAGAAGCCUAUCCGAAUCAUCGAUUUAAAUUUGUGUCAACAAGUUGAUGCUGGAUUGACAUUUAACAAAAAAGAGUUUGAAAACAGCUACAUUUUUGAUAUCAACACUAUUGACCGGAUUUUCUAUUUGGUGGCAGACAGUGAAGAGGAGAUGAACAAGUGGGUCCGUUGUAUUUGUGACAUAUGUGGGUUUAAUCCUACAGAAGAAGAUCCCGGCAAGCCACUCGGCAGCUCCUCGCAAGCACCCUCUGAUUUGCCUUUCGCUGUGAACACAGCACCGCCCUCCACCCAGGUGGAUCCCUCCUCUGCUGCUCUACCUCCUUCAUACCAGCUCAUCAGCCUCCCACCACACCCAGAAUCUCUUGGCCUCCAGGAAGAUCCCCAAGACUACCUCUUGCUGAUCAACUGUCAAAGCAAGAAGCCUGAACCUACCAGCCAAGGGUCAUCUUUUGUUUCUGAAGAAGGAGAGGAAUACCUACUACUAGAAGAUUUUGAAAGCAAAACGAUUCCAUUGCAAACCCAUGCUGAUUCUGCAAAAUCCACUUCCUCUGAAACAGACUGCAAUGGUAAUGUCCCUUCUCUUAAAAAUACUGCUUCCUCCCAGAGUAAACAUGGAGUGAACGGCUUUCUCCACCAGCAGAUGGUGUAUGACUCGCCACCGUCAAGGGCCACAUCUGUCUCUGUAGACUGCAGCCUUUACAACCUGCCCAGGAGCUAUUCCCAUGAUGUCUUGCCAAAGGAGUCCCCAUCCAGUACUGAAGCAGAUGGGGAACUCUACGUUUUCAAUACCCCGUCUGGGACGUCCAGUAUAGAUGCUCAAAUGAGACACGUAUCUAUUAGUUACGACAUUCCUCCAACACCUGGCAAUACUUACCAGAUUCCACGGACAUUUCCAGAAAGCACCUUGGGACAGACAUCAAAGCUGGACACUAUUCCAGACAUCCCUCCACCUCGGCCACCAAAACCACAUCCAAUUCAUGACCGAUCUCCUGCAGAAAUGUGUAGCAUCCCACGCACGGCCUCAGACACUGACAGUAGUUACUGCAUCCCUACAGCAGGGAUGUCACCUUCACGUAGCAAUACCAUUUCCACAGUGGAUCUGAACAAGUUGCGAAAAGAUGCUAGCUCUCAAGACUGCUACGAUAUUCCACGCACAUUUCCCAGUGACAGAUCUAGUUCACUUGAAGGCUUCCAUAACCACUUUAAAAUCAAAAGCGUGUUGACAGUGGGAAGUGUGUCAAGUGAAGAACUGGAUGAAAACUACGUCCCAAUGAAUCCCAACUCGCCACCACAGCAACAGUCCAGCAGUUUCACAGAACCAAUUCAGGAGGCAAAUUAUGUGCCAAUGACUCCAGGGACAUUCGAUUUUUCUUCAUUUGGAAUGCAAGUUCCUCCUCCUGCUCAUAUGGGCUUCAGGUCCAGCCCAAAGACCCCUCCCAGAAGGCCAGUUCCUGUUGCAGACUGUGAACCGCCCCCAGUGGAUAGGAACCUGAAGCCAGACAGAAAAGGUCAAAGUCCUAAAAUUUUAAGACCCAAACCCCAUGGUUUAGAGCGAACUGAUUCACAAACCAUAGGUGACUUUGCUACAAGAAGAAAGGCCAAGCCAGCACCUUUAGAGAUAAAACCUUUGCCAGAGUGGGAAGAAUUGCAAGCUCCAGUGAGAUCCCCUAUCACUCGGAGUUUUGCUCGAGAUUCCUCCAGGUUUCCCUUGUCCCCUCGACCAGAUUCAGUGCACAGCACGACAUCAAGCAGCGACUCACACGACAGUGAAGAGAAUUAUGUGCCCAUGAACCCCAGCCUGUCUGGUGAAGACCCAAAUCUUUUUGGCAGUAACAGCCUUGAUGGAGGAAGCAGUCCAAUGGUCAAGCCCAAAGGAGACAAGCAAGUGGAGUACCUCGAUCUGGAUUUAGAUUCCGGGAAGUCCACACCACCGCGCAAACAAAAGAGCAGUGGCUCUGGCAGCAGUGUGGCCGAUGAGAGGGUAGAUUAUGUUGUGGUGGACCAGCAGAAGACCCUGGCACUGAAGAGCACGCGGGAAGCCUGGACAGACGGGCGACAGUCCACAGAGUCUGACACACCAACCAAGAGUGUAAAAUGAGAUGCCAGCUCUGCCACUUUGAACAAACAGGGGCAGAACGGGAAAGCUGACUCCUGUCUGAAGAUGACUGGACACUUGUCCUCUAGGAAGAUCCUAAGUGAGCAGAGUUGAAGUCAAAGAAUGUUUUAGACAUCAGCAGCAAUUUAGGCUGUCCACGGUGCUUUGUGGUUUCUGAACAACUCGAAGCAUGUAAAUAACAUGGGAAAAUAGCAUCGUUUACUCCCAAAGAAACAUAUUUGUCUCCUAGUUAACACAAUAGUAGUAUUACUGUAUCUAUGCACUUUGUCAUUUAAGACAUUGGUUUUGAUAAUUCCAGUGUACCUUCGCGGGAUUCCUUUGGGAGUUCUGUUUUUUUCCUUCACACUACUCUACAUAACAAUACUAAGUUAACUAAGCUACUCUGAGAUCUGGAAAUUGCUAUUGAAGUGAAGUCUAACAACAAUCACGAGAAGUAGAUUCACAAGUUAGCUUUCUACCUGAAGCCCUGGGUGGUCACGAGCAUCACAGUUUCCUUGGACUCGUUUCUUCAUUGCCUUCCAAAAUUCUGAAGAUGAUGUAUAUACCGGUGUCAGGUCCUAGUUCCCUCUGGUUCAUGUACAUUGAGUUUCUAAUGAUGGGACUUUGUUAUAAUUUGUUAAUGGCAGUGUUUUUGGUUCAUUGAGUGAAGAUUCUGCAGGGUGGAAUCUUGCACCUUUGAACGACUGAAUAUAAUUACACUAUCAAGUAAGCCUGCAAAUCAUGGAGGUAGGCAGUGAUAAUGUACCCUACCAGUUCUUUACAGGUAUUAAACGUUACUUGCAGAAGGUAGAUUCUAUGACUAAUCAGGUACGCUCCAGGCACUAGUGUGCCAGUGCACUGUCAGGUUUGGACAGUGAGCUUUAGUUGUGUUCUUGUCAGAACUGAUGUUGGUUUCCAGUUUGGAAUUAAUGAAGCAGUUGACACUCACUUAGUUACAGAGACAUACUGUGAUUUUUAAUUAGACAGCAAUUCAUAUUUGUACUCCAAGAACAGAAUUCUCUCUUAAGACACCAUAGUGCCCUUCCUAUGAUUUUUUUUUUUUACUUAUACCCUUCUUGGCCUUAUAUUUAAAUCCCUAUGCAAUUAGUGUUUUAUAUCUGCAUUUUUUAAAAAUAAAUACAUGUUAUAUUAGUAAUUCUAAUAUGUAGCACCUGCAGUUAAAAAAUUAAGAAUUUUGUACUGUGAUUUAUAUUCACUGCCCCAAUUCACAAAAUAUUGGAGCCUUGCUAUAAUGUGAAAUCUUACAGUCAUUGACCUUGUCCAGCAAGAUUUCUGGAACCAUCAGAGGAAUUGUAUAAUUCUGUCCCACCUCUCCCAUGACCCUGUGACACAGAUAUCAAGACUAUGACUUAUAGUGAGGCUACAGUUAGAUUCAUCUGUCUUGGUUUUGCCACAUAAUUUAGAAAGCAGGUAUAGUUGCUUUGGUUUUUUUUUUUUAACCUAAGUUACAUACAAUCUUUUAUGUAUUGAUUUGAGACUUACUAAUAACAGCUUUCGGAGGGGAUGUAGAGAUAGGGAUGACCCCAGCUGAGGCACGACCACCUCCAGUCCGACCUCCAGCUGUUGCCUGAAUACACAAGCGUGCCCUGACUCUGGCCCAUUGGGCAUAGUGCCAUGCCUCACCAACGUCCUAGGUUUCUUUCCCCAAUCUCCAAACUAAGUGUCAUGAAAAGACUGUUGUAGACUAGUAACAUUUAAUGCUUUUUAAUGUUUGCUUCUUUUAAAACAAAAACUAAAACCCAAAACCGAAUUUUGAGGUGACUUUUUAAAUAAAAAAAGAUUGUUUGAGUUUAGUGUGCAAGUUAUUUUAUAAUAACACAAAAAAACCUAAAAUCAUGGAAAUGUGCGUAAGCUGUCAAAACACACUGUAGAAUUGUGUAACAGUACUAAAUUCUGUUACCUGGAGGAUGAACAGAUUUGAGGUUUAAAACCAAUGAAUAUAUGAUUAAUUCAGAAAUAA